CUAAGCAGUUCUAUUCACGUGCUUUGGAGACACCCGAGUUGCUAUUCUAUUCUAGGAUCUAGCUCAGGACAAACAUGUCGCCGGUUACAACUCCCAGCGCAUUCUUUUUUGUUUCUCGUUCUCACCUUCCACGGAACGAGCUUGUUAAUAAUACACUUACCACUUCAUGGUCCUUCUCCUCUAUCGCGGACCUACGUUGUCACGGGGAUCUCAACAAUAAUCUCCAGCAUUAUAGAUACUGCCGUUCUCAAAGACGCCCUCAUAUACGGAACUCAUAUCAUCCACUACGGUUCUAGCAUCAAGGUGGCCUCAGAGUCUGAGUCGAGGGCUUGCAGCUGUCCACCGGAAUCAGGCUCAAGCUCCUCGUCAUCUCCAGUACCGCGUUGGCUUAAUCUCUCGCUGCCUGCGCUUCCGAGGCCUUUCUUCCUGCGCUUUGAGCGGGUGACACAUCGAAGGCUUCAGGAAUCUUGGCCUUAG